CACUUGGGAUUUUUUAUUCUCUCUCCCUGUUGCACUUUUUUUCUUUCCUUCGUCUUUGUUUGUGGAGUUGGGCUGCAGAAUGUUCUGAUGGGGCAUCAGGACAUGAGAUGUUUGCCUAGUGGAUUUGGGAUGCUGCCUUAAAGGCUUUUCAGCCCUCUACUCACCUUCUUCUGCUGACAUUCCUGCAUCCUGAAGCGUCUGAGGGUCUUAUGGCCCCAGCCCUCUACAACAUGAAAUCCACCUUCCUCCUUUAGGACAUUCUCUGCGUUCUCUCUCAGGCUCCUUGUUGCUGCUGUCCCAAAAGGUUAGUAUAUGAGGCUUUUUGGUGCAAAAGAGAUGGGUCAGGACCAGACGAAGCAGCAGAUAGAGAAAGGACUCCAGCUCUACCAGUCUAACCAGACAGAAAAGGCCCUGCAAGUCUGGAUGAGGGUAUUGGAAAAGACCACGGAUCCUGCUGGCAGGUUUCGGGUUUUGGGCUGCCUCAUCACUGCUCACUCGGAGAUGGGCAGGUACAAGGAUAUGCUAAAGUUUGCAGUUGUGCAGAUUGACACAGCUCGGGAGCUAGAGGACCCUGACUACCUUAUGGAGAGCUACUUGAACCUGGCUCGGAGCAACGAGAAACUCUGUGAAUUCCAGAAAACCAUCUCUUACUGUAAGACAUGCCUGAACAUGCAGGGCACCACUGUGAGCCUGCAACUGAAUGGCCAGGUGAGCCUCAGUAUGGGCAAUGCCUUCCUGGGCCUCAGCAUCUUUCAGAAGGCACUGGAGUGUUUUGAGAAAGCCCUGCGCUAUGCACACAACAAUGACGACAAGAUGCUGGAGUGUCGCGUCUGCUGCAGCUUGGGGAGUUUCUACACACAGAUCAAGGACUAUGAGAAAGCCCUGUUCUUCCCAUGUAAAGCCGCUGAAUUGGUGAAUGAUUAUGGAAAGGGCUGGAGUUUGAAGUACCGAGCAAUGAGCCAGUACCACAUGGCAGUGGCCUAUCGGAAGCUGGGGCACCUGGCAGAUGCUAUGGAAUGCUGUGAGGAGUCAAUGAAGAUUGCUCUGCAGCAUGGGGACCGGCCACUGCAGGCACUUUGCCUACUCUGCUUUGCUGAUAUCCACCGCAGUCGAGCAGACAUACAGACAGCCUUUCCUCGCUAUGAUUCUUCCAUGAGCAUCAUGACAGAGAUUGGAAACCGCCUGGGACAGAUCCAGGUACUGCUGGGAGUGGCCAAGUGUUGGAUGAUCCAGAAGGAGCUAGACAAGGCACUGGAAGGCAUUGAGAAGGCCCAAGAGCUGGCAGAGGGACUGGGGAACAAGCUUGCUCUGCUGAAGCUUCACUGCCUGUGUGAAGGGAUCUAUCGCACAAAGGGACAGCAACGGGAACUUCGUGACCAUGUGGUGAAGUUCCACGAGUGUGUAGAGGAGAUGGAGCUGUACUGCGGCAUGUGUGGAGAGUCCAUUGGGGAAAAGAACAACCGGCUCCAGGCGCUGCCUUGCUCCCAUUUCUUCCAUUUAAAAUGCCUCCAGACCAAUGGGACCCGUGGCUGCCCCAACUGCCGCCGUUCAUCAAUGAAACCAGGAUUCGUGUGACCCGCUGAAUCAGUCAUUUUGAGAGAGCUCAUAUUCCGACUUGCAACAGAGGUCAGAAGACAGAACCUUGGAAUGUCAUCCAGUGCGCAGAGUCUGAAAGGAGGACCCUUAUUUGCAGGUGGAGAGGUCUCCUGCACAGGAUGCAACAAGUGCACCUUGAUCUUUUACUCUAACCUGACAUUUUACCUGUGUUCAGAAGCAGCAGUCAUCCUGGAGUCCCUCUGGAACCACCUCUCUAGAGCCAGUUUCACACUCUAUCAUGCCUGUUCUAGGACUUGCCUGAUACUUUCUCCAGUGCCAGUUCACACUCCAUUUUUGCUCCUAUUCAGUCAGCUGUACCAGGGCUAGUUAUUGUCUUUACUUGCCUCUCUUUGGUGCUUUUUUUUGCCCCUGUGAGAAGUGGAUGCUGGGGCCGGGCCAGUGAUGCUGGGUACAUGUAGUACAGCAACGUUGUCUGUGUUGGAGUAGCAGCCUCUUCUCAGCAUGCCCUGCUGUAAAUGUUGCCAGUAUACACCAUAGGCUCCCUUUCUUCAGCAACAGGAUUUAGACCCUAUUCCUGCCUUAUACUAGAUCUCUCCUAGCAAUUCACUAUCAUGUGUAAAAAUGGAUUUAAUUCAGAAAUCUGUAUUAAGGAGAAAUCAAACCCAAGGUAUGACUAUGCUAGUGUCCUGUGCCAUCAUGUCUUCCUCGUCUCCCACUAGGCCUUAGCCCCUUACUCUCUUCAGCCUGUCCUCAGCUGUCUGCUGCAGCCUCUGUUCCCCUCUCUGUACGAAUGCAGUACCCUCCCGCUAAGGCUGCAAGACUGUGUGUGUUACCCGCGAGCUCUGUGCAAACACAGCGGCUCCCCGCACAGGACUGUUCAGUGUGGAACUGCUGCUAGCGGCACGUGGCCCGCGCCCCGCGCGGCGGGGUCACCGGACAGGCGCUGGAGGCCAGCCAGGCAGAGCAGGUUCCGUGUGUUCAGUCCAGAGCCGCGCACGUGCAGGGCCCGCGCUAUAUUUACACCCACCAGUUUGUAUUCGCAAAUAAAGUCUUUGCACCCACGCCCGGCUGGCUCUGCUCGUGCCCGGGGAAGGGGCCACGCGCGCGACUCCCUCCGCUCGCCGGCUGGGCACAGCGCCUGCGCCACCCCCUGGGGAGGAGAAGCGGGUCGUGCAGCGGCCACGCCCCUACCCCGCACCAAGAUGGCGGUGAGGACAUCACUCAGCAGAGUUGGGUGAUGUCACGUGACUAAUCAGAGACCGUGGAGUUUUUUUUUCCCCGCAUGACAGAUUCGACUGAGGGGGGGCAGGGGAGAGUGAAGUGGCUGAGCGUGGGGGCGGGGCGGGGCGGGGCGGAAUCUGCUGUCCCCGACCAGUGCCUUGUUUACCUCCAGAACCGCUCGUCCAGGACAAGAUGGCGUCGGUCUGGGAUGAGGCUGAGGACGGCGUUGGCGAGGAGGUGCUGAAAAUGUCCACAGAGGAGAUUGUGCAGCGAACCCGCCUGCUCGACAGCGAGAUCAAGGUGAGGUGGGAGCGGGGGUUGUGGGGCGGUCGCUGUCCCCCGCCCGGCUGUGAAGGCAGAGCAGCGAGAGCGGGGGCUGCUGGCCAGGCACCGAGUUCUAGCAGCAGCAGAGAAGUCCAGCCGGGGGCAGAGCAGCUCCUGUCCAUGUCCCCGUGUAGACUGGGACGCGCCGCCUAGGGCCGGUGGAAGAUCCCGGGGCUCCUGGGCCCAGCCCCCUGUGGUCACUGCUCCCGGAGGGCUCUGCUAGCCUGGAGUCGGGUCCCCGCCGGGGUAGCUCUUAAGGGCUGUGAGCAGCCCAUGCCCUGCAUUGGCAUGUCCGGCUGCGGAUUUUGGCUUCCGACCUAGCCCCCUUAAUUUUCUCUCU